AUGUUACCCUCGUUGCUUCAUCUACCAACCACCAGAGAAGAGCUGUUGACGGUCUUCUACUUCUUUGAAAAACAGCCAGACAACCAGACCAACAUACUACAUCAUCAGUACGCCUUUCCUCCAGGCCGAAUCAAUGCGUUCUCUCCUUCGGCUGCCAGACCGUUUGUUCUUGGUCUGCCCACCGGAAGCAGCCCUGAGAUUGUAUACCGGAUCCUGGUCCAGCGGUACAAGGCCGGUGAAAUAUCCUUCAAGCAUGUCGUCACCUUCAACAUGAGCUACCACAGCUUCAUGUACAAAAAUCUCUUUGCCCACGUCGACAUACCACCCCGAAACAUCAACAUCCUAGACGGCAACGCCCCAGACCUGGCCAAGGAAUGUAAGAAUUUCGAGGCAAAGAUCGCCAAAGCAGGCGGCAUAGACCUGUUCCUCGGCGGCGUCGGUCCAGACGGCCACAUCGCCUUCAACGAGCCCGGCUCCAGCCUCAGCUCUCGCACUCGAGUCAAGACGCUGGCCUACGACACCAUUCUCGCCAACUCUCGCUUCUUCGACAAUGACCUGUCCCAGGUGCCUCGUACCGCACUCACAGUCGGCAUCAAGACCAUCAUGGACGCCCGCGAGGUCGUCAUCGUCGUCACGGGCGUGCACAAGGCCGUGGCCCUGCAAAAGGGUAUCGAGGGAGGCAUCAACCACAUGUGGACUCUCUCCGCCCUCCAGCUUCACCAGCAUCCUCUCAUAGUCGCGGACGAGGACGCAACGCUUGAACUAAAAGUCAAGACCGUAAAGUACUUCGAAAGCAUCGAGCUCUCGGGCACCGACGCACGCACUCAGGGACCUCCACUCGUCCAUCCGACGAAGCCAUACGUGCCCGUCCCCCCGCCAUCAGACCUCAGCACUCCGGUGGGCUCGAAGCGCGGUCUUAAAAUCGACACUGCCUUCCAGACCGGAGACGGUGACCCCGACGAGCUCACGCCAGACAGCAUGUCCUCGCGCAUCGUCGACUCUGCCAUCGCAGGCCUAGACGAGACCAUGACCCGAGGCGGUGACCUGAUUUUCGACAGGAUGGGGUCUAGAAUUCCCACCCAGGGAUGA